UUUCUUCCCCCUUUUUUUUUUUUUUGCCUCUCUCACGGGAAUUCACGCUGCUAUUGUUUUGGUUUCUUGCAUGGUCGCAGAAUUAAGACUACAGAACUCAUUUAUCGCGGAAUAGACAUUCUUUUCUUGUUUUAGAGAUUUUUUUUUUUAAAAAUGUUGUGGUAUUUUAUAGAUAUGUGACUGCUCUGUUUUUUUUUUUUUUUCCCAUGUCCCGUCUGUCCCGCAUUUGUAAUCCUGCGCCUCGCUGAACGAAUCCGCUGGACCCGUGCCGUCCUAUUGAGACGCAAGAGGCAUAGAUACAAGCCUGCAUCAGAGCACAACGCCACCAGCUUCCAAAAUCCAAAACGAGACACUGACAUAUUAAGAAUUUUUUUGCCGGAGGAUCAGGCCGAGAAGUUGCAUGUGCCGGAGUGUUGGUAUUCUCGAGCGGGACAGCAGGUAUGGGAUACUCGGGCAGAGGAUGUACGCUCCUGGUUUGGGUCGCUGCUGUCAGCCUGGUUCUGGCAGACGGGAGGAGAGUGAGGCAGCCCAGAUGCCCCGUUGGAUGUACCUGCACCAAAGAUAACGCCCUGUGUGAGAACGUCCGAUCUGUGCCUCACACUUUCCCAUCGGAUGUCGUUUCACUAUCUUUUGUCAAGUCUGGAUUUAAUGAAAUCACAGGAGGAAGCUUUGUUCACACGCCUGCCCUGCAACUACUACUUUUCACAGCAAACUCCUUUGACCUGAUCGACGAGGAUGCCUUCUUGGGUUUACCUCAUCUUGAAUAUCUAUUUAUUGAAAACAACAUAAUUUCAUCGAUAUCCCCUUUUGCUUUUCGAGGCCUGAAAGCUCUGAUACAUCUGAGUCUGGCUUACAACAACCUUGAGACGCUGCCCAAAGAUGUCUUCAAGGGCAUGGAUGCUUUGACCAAAGUGGAUCUACGAGGCAAUAACCUCAUAUGCGACUGCAAGCUGAAGUGGUUGGUGGAAUGGAUGCAUAACACUAAUGCCACCCUGGACCAGAUCCACUGCAGCGGCCCACCCAUCCACCAGGGGAAGCUGCUCAAUGAUCUGCUGCCACACUCUUUUGACUGCAUCACAUCAGAGUUCGCCUCCUAUCAGUCCCUGAAGUUUGAGUCCAUUUCGGUGGAGGCCUUCACCUUCGGUAUGGAUCAGUUUGUUGUGUUUGCUCAACCGUUUGCUGGGACGUGCAGCUUCCUGGAAUGGGAUCAUGUUGAGAUGACCUUUAGAACCUAUGACACCAUUGAAAGCACCUCCACUGUGGUCUGUAAGCCCAUGGUGAUUGACAACCACCUCUUUGUCAUAGUGGCUCAGUUGUUUGGAGGCUCGCACAUCUACAAACGCGACAUCUCUGCCAACAAGUUCAUCAAGAUCCAGGACAUUGACAUCCUCAAGAUUCGCAAACCCAACGACAUUGAGACGUUCAUAAUCGAUGGAGAGUCUUUCUUUGUCAUUGCAGACAGCUCUAAGGCCGGCUCAACAACAGUGUACAAAUGGAACGGUAACGGCUUCUACUCCCAGCAAUCCCUCCACCCGUGGUACCGCGACACAGAUGUAGAAUAUUUGGAGAUCUCCAACAAAGCCCACCUGAUCUUGUCCAGCAGCUCCCAGAGGCCUGUAGUCUACCAAUGGAACAGGAGCCAGAAACAGUUUGAUCCCAGGACGGACAUACCCGACAUGGAGGAUGUCUUCGCCGUCAAACACUUCCAGGUCAAAGGUGAGCUGUUUAUAUGCCUGACAAGAUUCAUCGGGGACUCCAAGGUGAUGCGCUGGGACGGCGCCAUGUUCAAAGAGGUCCAGACAUUUCCUUCCCGCGGCUCCAUGGUGUUCCAGCCUGUCUCCAUCGGCAACUGGCAGUACGCCAUCUUGGGUAGCGAUUAUUCACUGACGCAGGUCUACCAAUGGGACAGCAAGAGGAGCCAGUUUGUCCCAUCCCAGGAGCUGAAUAUCCAGGCGCCUCGGGCAUUUUCUAUGGUUUCCAUUGACGACCGAGUGUUCCUGCUUGCGUCCAGCUUCAAGGGAAAAACUCAAAUAUACGAGCAUCUCAUGAUUGAUUUGAGUAAUUAAACCCCUUAUCAAUUUGUAGGGAUGGGUUAACGUUGCCAUUCAAAAAUGUUUUUUUUCUGUGAUUUUGAAUUGAACUCCAAAGUCACAUUAGAAAUGCACCAGCAAUUCCCAACUAACUUUAAAAUAAGGAUGUUUCAAGGAAAAGGUAUCAUGAAUACAAUCUAUACCCUUAUUGGUUGGAAUUCUUCCAUUGGUUAUCAUCAUUGGGAUUAUUUUGUUGCCUUUGACUAUUUUCACGCUACUGAAUAUAUGUCCAACUACUUUAUUUUGAUAAACUUCUUUAAUUUCAUCUUUAUUCUUUAAGAUAUGGGGGAUUAUUCUGCAUUUGAUAAACCCAAUUCCACUCAGAGUGCGAACUGACUAUCUUUAAGGACAACAAGCUAUGAAACGUGUAUUCACCCUGCAGGUGCCCUUGCAGUUACAACACAUACUGUAUAUAUCUCAGUACAGUGUAUUUCUACUGUAUAGUAAUGAUUCCAUUUUGACUUUGGUAGUGGUAAUAGGAACAUUAUAGUGUAGGAAAAUAGGGUGAAAAAUACUUCUGAAUAUAAUAGGGCAAACUAACUGGAUAGACUCUAGAAAAAAAAGUCCUGCAAGUCUUCUCUGAUUUUAAUAAGCACCUCAGGAAAUUUGACUUCAGAGUGACAUGCCAUUGCUAGAAAUAAGGAUGGAAUGGAACAUGUGUAAAACUAAUGGGAUGGUCAAUGAAGGAACGUCUUACUUUGUAUUUAUUAUAGGGACCAAAUUUGAACAUUUACGCAUUUUUGUCCCAGGUAUCAAAUCGGGCCAAUUGUUUUGAUACCUUAAUCACGAACCACCUUACAAAUGUCUUUUUAAAUUAAAAUACGAUCAAACUUAUGUGAUAUCAAAACAGCAGCAGUGCUGUGUGAACUUCAAACCAGGAGAGACAGAGCUACUUCUGGAGAAUGAUGUCCUCCUAAAGGGCACUUUGGCAGCAGUUUCACCUGUGUUCCAUCAGUUAUUAUGAUUACUUUUUCAUUUCUUGAAAAUGAUGAUCCUAGUGUAUAAAUUUAAGAAACAAAACACAAAAAGUUACACAAGAAAACGCCUCUAUCCUUUCUACUCUAUGGCCCAUCGGUUGAGCAAGACUGCAUGCAUGACACUGACUCCACCAGUGUUGAAUCCUGAUGAAAGACCAGCUAGAAGCGUCCCACUGUGUCACCUUUUUCACUGCACUCUUGCCCCUUUUCUCCCUCAUUGACAAAACCAUUGUUGUCUUCACUCCACAACUAAAAAGCCAACCACUGUGCAGCACCUAGCAUCUGUGCUUUUACACACACACACACACACACUCCUCUUACUCUGACACAAAAGAGACACAGUUCUGAUAACAACUAACACCUUCACUGACAACAAUUUGCCAAAUAUAAUGUUUACGUUUUUAUGACACUGUGUAAAGUAAUUUAUAUAUCGCUUUUGUAUGUAGAUGGGACCACACUUGGUGUUUUAUGUUUUGAAGACAUAACGCUGUGUAGGUACAACAAAGACAAUUAGAGAUCACCUCUUUUGGGGUCGUAACAUGCUACUAUGGUUAAUUAGUUUAUGCUAACUUGUGUCAGUGUAUUAUAGUUAGGUAGUGAUAGAGGUUUUUAGCUGUUUCUUUGUCAUAUUGGUAAUUGUAUUUUAUGUACAUUAAUAAAAUACUAAAAUGCAACAUCA